GUCAAAUACAUUUUGUCAAUAUUGCAAACCCUACAAUCGAGCUGUGCUACAACAAUUGGACGAAAAUAUCGGUCCAUUUAGAUUUUUCCCGACGAAAUAAAUCCGCUAGGUGCAUAGGAAAACUCAAAUGGAUGCCCACCGAGAAGCGAUCCAAAAGCAGAUCCACCAGGAUUGGGCGAAUCGGGAAUACAUUGAAGUGAUCACCGCCAGCAUCAAACGAAUCACCGAUUUCCUCAACUCGUUCGAUAUGAGCUGUCGAUCGAGAUUGGCCGUGCUGAACGAGAAACUCACCACGCUGGAGCGACGGAUUGACUAUCUGGAGGCAUGCGUGACCAAGGGGGAAACGUUGCAAUAGUAGAGGGAGAUCAACGAUGGCACGGAUUCGAGCAUGUGAAGAUUUGCGGCUCUUGAAUUGGUGCGGGACAGGACAUGCGAUGGCUUCAUCGCCGGAAUCGUAGCGCCGAAACGGCGGUUGGAUUUCUAGAACGAGAUUCCACUAGUGUAGGAUCAUAUCGAUAAGAGUAAUUUAAAUUCAUGUAACUACAGACAAUUUCAGUAAUAAAUGUACGCUUAUUUAAAAGAGAAAUCGAAAAGAAA